AUGAAUAACGAUUUUGAUACACUGAGCAUGAUUGUCAAUAAUGAAGAAAAUAAUCCAGAAAGUGUUUCUUCAUCUAAUACUACUAUUACAUCAGAUUAUCGGAUUUUAUGGAUGUGGAAUAAAAUAAUGAAAUUUUUUAAUCUUGACCACGAUCAUAAAAAUUUGUUCGAAAAAUUAUUUGAGGAAAAUGAAGUAGAAGAGAACCUGAUGAAAUUUUUCAAUUUAAACUCAAUUGAAGAAGUAAGUCUAGACAAUAUAGUUUUAUUCUUUUUUAAAACUUAUCGAAACGAAAUCAUACAAGAAGAGGUCGCAUUUUGGGAAGAAAAUAUUGAUGCAAUUUUUUUUCUUUUAUCUCUUUCAGAUAAAGGACGAUCUCAAAAACCGACCAAAAAUGCUUACGGAAAAGUCGAAAAAACUGAUGAAGAAAAGAAAAAAAAAGGGAAAAAAACUAAAAAGGGAAAAAAAGACGAAAAUUAUGAACCAAAUAAUGAGACUCUCAGCACAUUAUUUUCUGGUGUAACAACAACUCAUAUGUAUUUAGACGUUGAUGGCGAUGAUGAAGAUAACGCAGACCUUGUAACACCAGAAGAUUAUAAAGAAAAAAUUUCUGCACUAACUUCUCCAUUUGCACCAAUGCCCGGUGAAGAGGAUAAAUAUAUUCUUACACAGAAAGUGAUUGAUAAAGUCAUUGAGAUUCCAGUGAUACACAUGAUAUCUGGACGAAUAAAUUUGUCGGACCCAGAAUUAAUAGAAACAAAUUUUUUCUACUUUUUGAAAACAAGCGAUGGAAAAAUUCCUUACUUUGAUUCUCAGGAAACAUGCGAUAAUUGUAUGUUAAAUUAUAUAGCCGUUGGAUCAUUAAAUGGAAAUUUUUUAGAAUUUCUUAAUGAGAUGCUGACCAAUGUUUUUGAACCUCUGUUGGGAAACCAGUAUUAUACUGCAGCUUCAGAACAAUUCAAAAAAACUCAAAAAAUUAAUAACAGUAGUGACCGUGCUGUCAAAACUCAGAUCAGUCAUACUAAUACAGAAUCUUCGGUGAAUAAGAAUGAAAAAAUUAAACGAUCUCUGAGUGUUCAAAAAUCGUCGAUAAAAAAUGAAAAUUUGAAAAAAUCUCAAAAAAAUUUUACAUUAGUAGAAAAUAAUCAUACGAAUACGAGAAUUUCACUUGAUUAUGUCAAAGAACUGUUAAAAUAUCUUGAGGAACUGGUGUCAUGUGUGCAAUGGAAUUUGAUGAAUUCUGAAGAUGAUUUACUGUUACCUUUACCGAAAUCAUUAGACUUAAUGAAUUUUAAAUUAAAUCCAUCUGAUAAAAAUAUGCUUGAACAGGCGGAGAAUAUUGUUAUCAAUUGGGGGAAACAUAUAAAUAAAGUAUUAGAAAUGUAUAAAUUUCCCCUCGACAAUGGCCCUACGGCCAUCUGUGAUCAUUGGCACAAAAGAUUGAUUAGUUUAUCAAUAUUAGUAGAGAAUUUGAAUUCACCAACUGUGAAAAAAAUAAAAUCAAUUUUGAAUGAAGCUCGCUCAUCCAUACUAUCAGCAUUUUAUUGGUUUGAAAUUGAGCUCUGGAAAUCUUACACCGAAGCACGUGACAAUGAUAAGUUUCUAUUUACAGUAUCGCGGCACUUUAAAUUGAUAACUGAAUCCAGCAAUUUUCAAGUUAUAAAUGAAUCUUUUCCGUCAUUAUUGGAAGGAAUAAAAAUGAUUUGGAUUUUAUCUAAAUAUUUUAAUACUGAAGAAAAAAUGACAUUACUAUUAAGUAGCGUUUCAUGGCAAUUAUGUGAAAAUGUUAAGAAUACUUUAUCAGUAAAAGAAUUAUUCAGGAAACCAUUGAAAGAAAUAGUGGAGCAAACAAAAAAUGCUUAUACUAUGUUAAAAAGUUGGAAAAAUUUAUAUUUCGUAACCCGAAAAAGUAUUGAAUUAUCAGAAAAAGGAAAACGAUGGGAAUUUGAUCAAAACCGUUUGUUCAGUGAGAUUGACUAUAUUACAAAAGUUUGCAAUGAUUUUAACGAAAUAGCAAGUGUUCUUCAAAGCUAUUACAAUAUUUUUGGCCCAGAAUUGAAAUCAAUUAUUACUGAUCCGUCACAAAUAGAUGUUAUCGUAAAAAGGGUCGAUGAACUAAUUUUACCAAUUUCAAAUGCUGACUUUAAUAUUUUCAAUAAACUUAAUCAAGAAAAUUGGGAUGCUACAAUGGCUUGGUUUUAUUUAGAAGUAGCUUCUUUACAAAAAGAAGCGUUAUUUUUGAUUGAUGACUAUUUUAAAGCAUUAAUUAAUGCUGAACAAGCUUUAGAAGUACUUCUCAAAUUUAAAAAUUUCAAAACGAAACCCGCUAUUCAAGAAUGUUUGUUGAUGAAAUUUGACGUCAUUAUGCAACAAUUUAGCAAAGAAAUAAACCAGGUUGAAGAUAUAUUCAGUUCAGGUAAAAAAAAUCCACCAUUAUUAAAAUAUCAUGUGCCGAUUGCUGGCUCUAUAUUCUGGGUACGACAACUACUUAGUAGAUUACAAGGUCCAGUAAUGACAUUCAAAUCAGUCCUCGAACUUAAUCAGAGUAAUUUGAAAUCGUUAAUUUUUAGUCAGUAUCUAGAUGCUGUCAAACAAAUGAAACAGUUUGAAGAUAUGAAAUUUGAUUCCUGGAAUAACAAAGCUAACGCAGAUGUAUUGAAUACAAUGAAAAAUAAUAUUUUGAAAAUUACUCCCAUAGUUGAAAUAAUUCAUGAAGCCGAAAUGUUAGAGCAAUUAAAAUUUGAAUUGCCAAUAUCUAUGAGAGAUAAAAGUAUUCAAAAAGAUCGAUUGAAAGUAGAUAUUGAACUUACUCAAACAAUAAUUGAUCAGUAUAAUGAACUUAUGGAUCAAUUAGAUCCUGCCGAUGUAAACAUACCUAAUUAUGCUGCCCACAGUAAAAAAUUGUUGAAGAACUUGGAGUCAAUAAUUGCACAAGUGAAUCAUAUAAAAAAAGAUCUUGAUAGUCGAAUAGAGCAAAUCAGUACUUAUAAUUUAAUUACUAUAACUGAUUCAUUGGAUAUAAAUAAUCAGUUACUACAAUGCAACAUUUAUUUCUCAGAGAUUAAAAUUAAAAGAACAAAAUUAGUAAAUGGCAUGUUAGAAACAUAUCUGUCUAUUACUCCAAUAUUAAUAAAAUUAGAAAGUUUAGUUAAGAACACAACAUCUGGCAAAAGUAUAGCCAUGCAAUAUUUUUAUCAACGUUAUGAACAACAAAUUUUUACAGCGUUUGUAAACUGUUUGAGAAAAAACUUAGAUAUUUUAAAUAUUUUACUUUCAAACAAUCAAGCAAUUUUUACAGUGGAUGCAGUCUUAUUGUGUUCUGAAGUAGUUCUUCGGCCUUCUCCAAAUGAAAUAAAUAUAAUAGUUCUUCGAGAUGUUAAAGAUAUGCUUGAAAAAAUGAAAAUAUUUCCCAGGUGGAUAGCAAGAAGCUGUCACAAGUAUACCCAAGUAAAGGAAACAAAUUCAGAUGGCUUUUUUGACUUUAAUUUUUAUGAAGAUAUAAUGAGUAUUCAAGUCAUAUAUGAUAACAUUAUUGCUAUUAAAAAUACAGUUUAUGAAAUAACAUCACGUUGUCGGAAAUAUCUUCAUAGAUGGAAAAAAUACAGCAAUUUAUGGCGAGCUGAUAAACUUCAAGUUUGUGAGAAGUUCGUUAUGACAUGCUCUAGUCUGAAUGAAUAUGAUGAAAAAUUUACGUUUUAUGAUACAGUAAUUGAAGAAAUUGACGAGUGGACAUCAUACUAUGAUAUAUUUUGCAUAAGAAUCAACUUGGGCCCAUUACUGAAAAGUAUCAAAGAUCAUGCUCAAAAAUGGAAACAAAUUUUGGGGGACUAUCUUAUAACAGAAACUAAACAAUCAAUGAAAAAUUUUGCUUUGAAAAUAAAGAAAUUUCGAUCGGAAAUUGAACUUGUUAUCAAUAAUUUGGAUAAAUUCAAAGCUGUUUUGCAAACUAUUGCAGAUAUAAAAAAAAUUUCAAUACAAGCUAUCGUCCAAUAUGAUGAAUAUAAAGAAACAUUUAAAAUACUUAAAGCCCAUGGGAUUAAUUUUUUGUCUGAGGUUGAAGAACAAGCUUAUAUCAUUCAGGAAGAUUGGGAAUUAGUUUAUUCUGAGGCACUUUAUCGAGAUAUAAUAUUAGAAACUACAAAAGAACGGUUUCGUCAAAUGACUGAAAAUCAAAUUUCUGAUCUUCAAGCAGAAUGUGUGGAGUUUGCCCAAUAUUAUGAUAAAAAUGGACCAGCGAGCGUCGAGAGCGAUCUCGAUAGUGGAUUAGACAAAGUAGAAGAAUUUGAAGGUUUAAUAAGAACUUUAGAAAAACGACGGCUGGAUCUUGCGUAUGCAGAAAAUUUAUUUAACCUUCUACCAACAAAUUUUUCAAUUUUUGAGGAAGUUAAACAAAAUUUUCAAGACAUUAAAAUAAUAUAUUCUUUAUAUAAAACACAAAAAGAUGCAGAAAAUAUUUUGUCAAAAACUUCAUGGUCAGAUUUAAAUUUUCAAAAAUUGAUCAAUGAAAUAGAAUUUUAUAUCAGAGAAUUUAAGAAAUUUCCGAGUAGAAUUCAGCAGCUUGAUAUUGGUCAAAUACUUUUAGCAAAGAUGGAAGCAUUUAAAAGUUCAGUGCUAUUAUUCGUUGAUCUGAAACAUGAAGCUAUUCGCGAAAGACAUUGGAAGGAAUUGAUGGACAAAACAGGAAAACAUCUUGACAUAACUUCUCAUAAAUUAGAUGAUGAAGAAAAUAAAGGACUUUCUCAAUGA